ACCAAAGCUUCCGUCGCGAAACCCCGAAACUCUGAAGGCAAAACAGUCUUUCCGCCCACCACCCUCCCUCUCAACCGCCAACCCGCAUCCUUUCUUUGCAUUCCGUUGGGUAUUUGCGUUGUCGGUUUCACUAUCAUUUGGUUUUGCUUUUGGAUUCGCAUCCGCAUUCGUUACCAUGUUCAAUUUUGGAGCAAAGCCCAACCCGAAAAUCGCAGUCGUUCCUCCAAAGAUCAGGGUCGAGAAAGCGCCUCCAGCAAAGAAACCCCAGCCGCUCCCCUCUAAAAUCGCUUCGAAAACAGUUCAGCGACCUCAAGUUCCUACUCGCACAUCGCCUGCAAAGUCCAGAUCUGCCACUGCGACACCAGACAGGCUUGAGCCGCGCAAGCGCAAGGCUGUGAGACAGAAAUCGCCCGUGCAACAAAGGAUCGAGUCGGACAGCGACGAUGACGACGUGGACAGUCCGGCGUCCUUUGAUGAACCAAUUAAGAGACACAAGUCUGACAGGCCUCCGGACCUGAACCGAAAGCUUCGCUCAGAGAAGGCCUUCUCCGAGGAAGAUGGCGUUGUCUUCCCCAUGAUCCAUGCUGCGGAUAUCGCUUCUACGAGCAGGAAAUCAAAACUUGUCACUGCGGUAGAGGAGAAGAAUGUUACUGUCGAGCUGAGGUAUCCAAGUGCGUCGCAGCGGGAAAGAUACGAUCUCGUCUUCGGGAAGGAACAAAUCGAUCCAGCACAAGAGAUUUGCGAUGUCGCGGAAAUAGUCACCAGUAUAUAUCUGACAGAGGAGGAGGCACUUCCAUUCACAGAUCCAAAUUCCGGCAUUAUACGGAAGCUGGUGAGAGCGAAGAACCUGCUUUCAAGGGAUAGCAGAAACAAGGAGUUACUAAACGGAUUCAAAGACGCCGUGGAUGUCUACAACAAGGCACUCGAGGUCCCUCUUAAGAACGGAAGUCUUGCCAAGAACCUCGACAGCAUGCACUAUCUACCUUAUGAUAUGGUUCGUUUGAUUCUCCGACAGGUUUAUGAUCGCGUGGUUUCGCCACAGGUCGACACCCUUAAAAACAAGAAAGAAAACAAAGAAAACACAUAUGGCGAACUCCUCCCACCUUUUGUGUCCAAAAUUUUUGAGGAGACGCACCUGAAAUCGGAUCAGGUGUUUGUAGAUUUAGGAUCCGGUGUUGGUAAUGUAGUUUUGCAGGCGGCAUUGGAGAUCGGUUGCGAGGGCUGGGGAUGUGAGAUGAUGCCGAAUGCAUGCGAUCUUGCCGACGCCCAGGAAAAGGAGUUCGCGGCGCGCUGUCGACUCUGGGGUAUCCGGACUGGGGAUGUCCGGUUAGUACGAGGCGAUUUCAUGCAAAAUACCGCCAUCCAUGAGGCAAUGAGGCGCGCGGAUGUGAUUCUUGUCAACAAUGAGGUUUUCGGAUCAAUGCUUAAUAGGGAUCUGAUCCAUCUCUUCUUGGAUGUCAAGGACGGGUGCAAGGUUGUCCAUCUACAGCCUUUUGUCGGGUCGGACGAUAAGAUGAAGUCACGGACCCUCAACGAUCCUGUUAACCUCUUUGACCGGAUAGAGAAGCAGUACUUCGAGAAUUGGGUGAGCUGGAAGUUCGAGUCGGGGAACUACUACAUUUCCACGAAGAAUGAUCGGAGGCUUAAGGAGUUUGAACAUUUGGGCUAAUUGAGUUGAAGCUAGGUUAGAGCUUUGAUUAGUUGGGGUUUGAACAUGACUGUCUGGAAUAGCAUGACUGUAGUAUGAAUAGAUGAUAGUGACGAUAAAUAAAGAAUACUCACACAUG